AUGGCCACCAGAGGUCUAACGCUUCUCAAUUUUUUUCUCUCUUUCCAGGAUGGCUCAUACUUGGCAGAAUUCCUGCUGGAGAAAGGAUACGAGGUCCAUGGAAUUGUACGGCGAUCCAGUUCAUUUAAUACAGGUCGAAUUGAACAUUUAUAUAAGAAUCCACAGGCUCACAUUGAAGGAAACAUGAAGUUGCACUAUGGUGACCUCACCGACAGUACCUGCCUGGUGAAAAUCAUCAAUGAAGUCAAGCCUACAGAGGUCUACAAUCUUGGUGCCCAGAGCCAUGUCAAGAUAUCCUUUGACUUAGCAGAGUACACUGCAGAUGUUGAUGGAAUUGGCACCUUGCGGCUUCUGGAUGCAAUUAAGACUUGUGGCCUUAUAAAUUCUGUGAAGUUUUACCAAGCCUCAACAAGUGAACUAUAUGGAAAAGUGCAGGAAAUACCCCAGAAAGAGACCACACCUUUCUAUCCAAGGUCACCAUAUGGUGCAGCCAAACUCUAUGCUUACUGGAUUGUUGUGAACUUCCGCGAGGCUUAUAAUCUCUUUGCAGUGAAUGGCAUUCUCUUCAAUCACGAGAGUCCUAGAAGAGGAGCAAAUUUUGUUACUCGAAAAAUUAGCCGGUCAGUAGCUAAGAUUUACCUUGGACAACUGGAAUGUUUCAGUUUGGGAAAUCUGGAUGCCAAACGAGACUGGGGCCAUGCCAAGGACUAUGUAGAGGCUAUGUGGCUGAUGUUGCAAAAUGAUGAGCCAGAAGACUUUGUUAUAGCCACUGGGGAAGUUCAUAGCGUCCGUGAAUUUGUUGAGAAAUCAUUCAUGCACAUCGGAAAAACCAUUGUGUGGGAAGGAAAGAAUGAAAAUGAAGUGGGCAGAUGUAAGGAGACCGGCCAAGUCCAUGUGACUGUGGAUCUGAAGUACUACCGACCAACAGAAGUGGACUUUCUGCAGGGAGACUGCUCCAAGGCGCAGCAGAAACUGAACUGGAAGCCCCGCGUUGCCUUUGAUGAGCUGGUGAGGGAGAUGGUGCAGGCCGACGUGGAGCUCAUGCGGACCAACCCCAAUGCCUGAGCACCUCUGCAAAGAUUCGGAGGCAUGCGGAGCCAGCAAAUCAGAGUCCAGCCACUCCUGCGACCAUCGACCCUUGACCUCCUGUGUUGUCCCCACAGCUAAGAGCUGGGCUAUAAAUUUGCAGGCACCAGGAGGGGACACUCCAGAGCUAAGGCCUCUUUGUUUUUGUCGAAGGCCUUUCUGAAUGGUUUUGGGAAAUCAAGAAGUGUUAAUCACAUAUUCAUUUUACUUGAAAUUAUGUCACUAGACAACUUAAAUUUUGGAGCCUUGAGAUUGUUUCUCUCUUUUCUUAUUAAAUGAUCUUUCUAUGAACCAGCA